AGCGACGCGUCUCAUUUCUUGUGCUGGAAGUUCUCGUCUCUUGACCCCGCCCCUCCGCUCCGUGCUAACGUUAGCUCAGCUUCUCGCCAACAUCCAGUCCCGGACCAAGAGUCGAUUAGUCGAAACAGUCGUGAUGGAUCGAACAGGAGUGGAAGCAGAAACACGGAAGAGCCCGUGGGGUUCGGUGACUCCGGCAGCUCCGGCCUGUUCUCUGGCUGACGUGAUGAGCGAGCAGCUGGCCAAGCAGCUGCAUGAGGAGGACAACACCUUCCCGGACCUCACCCAGCCGGGAGCAGAUCUGCUGUCGUCGGAUGAGGCUUCUGAAACGACCAGUGACCGGAUGCUCGCCAAGAUGUUGCAGAUGCAGUUCGACCGUGAGUGUGAUGAUCAGCUGCGCCGCGAGGAGAAGAAGUUCAAUGGAGACAGCAAAGUGUCCAUCUCCUUUGAGAACUACCGCAUGGUUCAUCAACAUGAAGACAGCGGCAGCUCAGAGGACGAGGUGGACUGGCAGGACACGAGAGACGACCCCUACAGAGCAGAUAAGCCUCAGACGACGCCCCGUAAAGGGUUCACUGGAAAAGGAAAGAACAUCACGACCAAACACGACGAGGUGACCUGUGGUCGUAAGAACGCUGCACGCAUGGACAACUUUGCUCCGGAGAUCCACGUGGGCGACGGCCUGGGGAUGGACCUGAAGUUGCCCAAUCAGGUGUUCAACGCUCUGAAGCAGCACUGCUACAGCGAGCAGAGACGCAGCGCCAGGCUGCACGAGAAGAAGGAGCACUCCACCUCCGAACAAGCUGUGGACCCUCGCACUCGCCUGCUCAUGUACAAGAUGGUGAACACUGGCCUGCUGGAAAACAUCAACGGCUGCAUCAGCACGGGUAAAGAGUCCGUCGUCUUCCACGCUAACGGAGGGAGCCUGGAGGAGGAGCCGGUGCCGGACGAAGUGGUGCUGAAGGUGUUUAAAACGACGCUCAAUGAAUUCAGGAACAGAGACCGCUACAUCAAAGACGACUAUCGCUUCAUCGAUCGAUUCAGCAAACUGAACCCUCGCAAAAUCAUCAGGCUGUGGGCCGAGAAGGAGAUGCACAACCUGGUCAGGAUGAAGAAGGCGGAGAUUCCCUGCCCGGAGGUGGUGCUGCUGAAGAAACACAUCCUGGUGAUGUCGUUCAUCGGUAAAGACCACAUUCCUGCUCCCAAACUCAAAGACGCCAUAUUGGGUUCAGAGGACAUGAAGAACGCCUACUACCAGGUUCUACACAUGAUGCAGCAGUUGUUUCAGGAGUGUAAUCUGGUUCAUGCGGAUCUCAGUGAAUACAACAUGUUGUGGCACGAGGGGAAGGUGUGGUUGAUCGACGUCAGUCAGUCCGUGGAACCCACUCAUCCUCACGGCCUGGAGUUCCUCUUCAGAGACUGCAGGAACGUCUCCACGUUUUUCCAGAAGAGAGGAGUGAGUGAGGCGAUGAGUGUUUACGAGCUUUUCAACAUCGUCACCGGACUGAACAUCGCGGUCGGUGCUGAAGACGACGCUGAAUUCCUUGCAGAGAUCGAGGCGUUGCAGAAGAGGAACGAGGAUCACGUGCAGAGACGAGGGAAGAAGAGUUUCCCCAUCGCCUCUGAAGACGUCAGCCCGCCUUCAUCCCCCGGUGCAGCUGACUAACGCUCGCCCGGCUCGCUCUCUCUUCAUGAUCUUGCCGUGUUGAAAACGCUGUAUAGAGAAUAAUGGAGGAGGACGCUUGUGCCACACCCCCUCCACCCCCUCCACCAACCAACUGCUUCCUGUAAACAUGCGGGGUGGAGCGCCUCCGCCUGGCUGCAGGUGGAAUGAUUUGACCCAGUGGGAUGUUGACGUCGGAGCGUCCGGGCGGCCGACAGCCUCCUGCACAGUUUGCUGGAGCUGAGACCACAUCUUGAAUCUUCUGCUCAUAUUUGCUCAAACUGACUUCAGUCAGAAUCGUUUAUUAUUAACAGCUUUGUUAAAAACCUGAGAGUGAUCUUAACUUCUCGUGGAGAGGUUCUCAGGAUGAAGCAGAACUUUACUGAAAUGAUUAUUAUUUUUUGGGGUGAUGAUACAAGAACGACAUGUUGGGUUUGAAUAUUUGACGUAGCCUCAGUGAGUUGUAAGAACGAGCAGCAAAAUAAUGAGAUCCAACCGGAUUAACGGAGUGAAACAGUUUUAUCAAGUGAAAUAAUCCUAAAAGAAAAAUGAAAACACCAAAUGGAAAAUGUUAAAUAUUAGGAAUAAUUAUACAAUUAUGAUGCUGCUUUUAAAAGCCAAAACAAAUUCUUUAUUCUUGAUCCUUCAUCUUCUUCUGUCUGUUUCCCUCCUCAUCCUCGUGUCAUUACCAUGACGACAAACACUGGUGAGCUCAUCGAGCACAUGUUGAGAAUAAAUAAAAUGAAUUCAGAGCAAAAUACAAAGUUCAAGACGUCAUUGAGAAUAACAAGUUUUUUUCUCAAGAAUCUAGAUAAACUGCCGUCUUUAUUAAAGCUUAAAGAAAACUAUAAACUGACCUGAAGGUAAUUCACUAGAUUCUGUGGAGCAGCAACAUGUCGAGUAUGUGCGAGAAUAUUUUAGAUGAUCGAAACAUUUUGGUGACGCAUGAAAUUAUAAAGUGUGAAACAAGUUGUCACAACAGAUGUGAGUGAACCAGUUUCUUAGCUUCAUGUCAUUUCAACGAUGAAGGUUUUAAUUUGAUUAAGUGAUUUAUGAGUCUGAUGAUGUCACAUGCUGUUGAUUGACAUUAAAAAGUGAUGUGAAGUGAA